AUAUUUAAUCUGUGGUAACUAAAGUUGAAUUUUAUUUACCCGCGCUGUUUAACCUAAAAAUUCUAGAGUUUUUCGGCUCAUUUUAAAAUAACUUUUUGGUAUAUUGGAAAGAAAAUGAGUUCUCAAGAGAGUCAAGAUGAAAACGAAGAUGUUCAAGGGGAAAGGGACGAUCAAGAUGUACUUACUAUUCUUGUAGCUACAGACAUUCAUUUAGGAUAUGGCGAAAAAGAUCUACUUAUAGCCGAAGACUCGUUCGAUACGUUUGAGGAAAUAUUGAGGCAUGCCAAAGAGGAGAACGCCGAUUUUUUACUGUUGGGCGGCGAUUUGUUUCAUGAUACCAGGCCUUCCAGUUAUGCUCUUAAUAAAUGUAUUGAGCUACUAAAAAGGUACUGUCUAGGUGAUAGACCUAUUCAAAUCGAGUUUCUCUCUGAUCCAGCAUUCAAUUUCUCAAGCACAGUAAACGAUACUGUAAACUAUGAAGAUCCGAACUUAAACGUAGAACUUCCUGUUUUUUCUAUUCACGGCAACCACGAUGACCCUACAGGGGUACAACAGAUAUCCGCUUUGAAUAUAUUAUCCUCGACAGGCUUAGUUAAUUAUUUCGGAAGGUACAACAGUUACGAAAGUAUUGAUAUCGAGCCUAUAUUGCUUAAAAAGGGCCGAACCAAGCUGGCUUUGUAUGGGUUGUCGCAUAUUAAGGAUGAGAAACUUGCCAGAUUAUUCACAGCCCAUAGAGUUAGUUUUAUGACACCUUCGGACACAGAUAGUUGGUUUCAUUUGCUGGUUUUACACCAAAACCGAGCUAACAGGGGGGCAAAAUGUUUCAUCCCCGACGAAGCGCUACCUUCUGUACUAGAUCUAGUAAUUUGGGGCCACGAGCACGACUGCAGAAUCAACCCGGAACAAACUGGCAACGACGUUUUUAUCACACAACCCGGCAGCUCAGUAGCCACGUCCCUAUGCGUCGGGGAAUCCCUAGAAAAGCACAUAGGCCUCCUCAAAAUCCACAAAAACCAAUUCAACUUGCGCGCCAUCCCUUUGAAAACUGUGCGCCCGUUUAUUUUCAGUGAGCUGGUUUUCACCGAAGAGGAUAAAGUGGAGAACCCUAGAGAACUCAGCGAUCACCAGGAGUUAGCUAGGAAAGUUGUGGGGAAAAAGGUGGAGGAGAUGCUGGAAAAAGCGCUGAGUUUAGGCAGGGAAGGUAAUAAGUUGCCUUUGAUACGAUUAAACGUCAGCUACAUCGAUGAAACGCAAGCGUUUAAUCCCAUAAGGUUCGGAGAGGCCUACGUUGGUAGAGUGGCAAACCCCGGCGAUAUGGUUAAGGUGAAACACCUGUCGGCCAGGCAGGCUUUUAGAAGGAACAAAAAUAAGUCCAACGACGAAGAUUUCGAAGAAGUAGCCGAAGAAGAGAUUCCAGCUCGCGUGGAAGACCUGGUUUUGGAAUAUUUCGAAUCAGGUCAAACGAGACCGUUAGAGUUUAUGCCCCUGAAAGCUCUAAAUGAGACAGUGUCCAAGUGUAUUGAGUCUGAUAACAUGGAUUACAUUGAGUCUGUUAUCAAUCAUUUUAUUGCCGAUAGACAGGCUAAAUUGGAAGCUGGGAAUGUUAGUAUCGAUAAGAUGGAUGAAUUUUUGGAGUCUUUAAGGGUAAACGAGGAGAAUGACGCUCAAAUGAUACGGGACGUUUUAAAUCGAACUAAAAGUCCGAGAAAAAGAACCAAAAACAAUUCGAACGAUAGCGAAGACUCUGACGAAGAAUCUACCGAUAUGAGUAUAAGAACUGUGGAUUCGCCUCCGCCAGACCAGGAAAGGCCUAAAACGGGGCCCGGUUCUAGAGGGGGCCGAGUUCCCGCCAGGGGCAGGGGAAGUAGAGGGGGUAGGGGUAGUAGAGCUAGAGGCAAAGCCAAUGCCUAAAAUACCAUAUUUUUGAGAGAAAAAAAUCCGUCAAAGUAGCCUUUGUAAUGAUAAUCGAUGAUAAUUUCUUUCGGGUCGACCCCUGUACGUGCAGUAUUCAGGGUGUUCAUCGAAAAAUAUAGAAAAAAAGUUCCUAUAAAUACAGGUCCAGAAAUUCGUAGCUUAUUGCUUAUUUUAUUUUUAUUUUAAAGCCUACUGUGACGCUGUUUUUUAAAAUAAAACACUUUUUUUUUAUUUGUUGCUACUUUUAUUGUUAUAUCGUUCCAUUUAAAAGAUUUUUAGAUUUAAGCUUAUCUAAUUUUUUAAUAAAAUGUAUUUUGUAAUAAAUAGUAUUAAAAAAGAUUAAAGUAGUUUGUGUAUAUGUUGAUCCUUACACAAUAUUAUAUUUUUAAAACGCUUAGUCGUGUUUGAUCACUCGGUAUAUAACCUACAUAUUCGCGUAAUUCUUUUCGGACCUAUUUAUCUACACCCUGUAUAUAAUACAAUUUUUCUUUCCUAGUUAAUACUGCUAAAAAAUAAAAGUACAAAAAGAAAUUGUCUUAAUAACGUCAUGAGUAAUUUUAAAAAUUAGAGAGAUUUUUAAUUGUUUACAGAAUUUUCUUCUGUAACAAAUAUUUAAUUAUAAAUU